AUGACCAGACAUCCGUACAUCAAGUCUGCAUGCCCACCACCAGUGGGAAAAAAUGCCAUUUUUCGUGCGGUGGUCUGUGGGGAGCCCAGACCCGAUGUGCACUGGCAGAGCACCAAAGGAGACCUCAGCAACUCCAGCAAGUACCAGAUCUCCUCUGCUCCUGGUAGAGAGGAGCAUGUGCUACAGAUCAACAAGCUGACUGGAGAGGAUUCGGAUCUGUACCGCUGCACUGCACUGAAUGCCUAUGGAGAAGCCACGUGCUCAGUGAGGCUUACCGUCAUCGAAGUGGGUUUUCGGAAGAACCGAAAAAGGCAAAAGGAACCUCAGGAGGACCUCAGGAAGGAGCUGAUGGACUGCCGGAAGAUGCUGAAAAAGAGGGCCCCACCUCCAACCCCCGAUAAGAAGAUAGAGUCUGAGCAGGUGUGGCAGCUGUUGAUGACUGCAGACCGUAAGGACUAUGAGAAGAUCUGUAUGCAGUAUGGCAUCGUCGACUUCCGGGGCAUGCUGCGCAAGUUGCAGGAGAUGAAGAAGGAACAGGAGGACAGAAUAGCCCAGUAUGUCAAUGCCAUUGCCAACUUGAGGCACAUCAAGGUCACCAAGGAAGGGGUCGCUACGUUUAACCUGGAGCUGGAUCUCAAGGAACUCGAGAGCAAGAUUUACCUGUACAAGGAUGGUGAGAUGAUCCCCUACGGUGUUGAUAACCAGACCAAGCACUGUCUGAGACGGCUGGGGAAACGCUACCACUUCCAGAUCCAGGACCUGCGGCCGGAGGAUGCUGGCCUUUACCAGGUCAUGGUGGAGGAUGCUGUGGUCUUCUCCACAGAGCUAGAGCCCAGCGCCAUUCCCCCUAGAGUGGUGGUCCCAUUGGCAGAGGCCCGCUGUGAGGAACGGGGUGAUGCAGUCUUUGAAUGUACCCUCUCCAACCCUUGUCCCAAUGCUACCUGGCAUUUCCAGCACCGACCGCUGAGGCUCAGUGACAAAUAUGAAGUAUUUGUGUCCCCUGAUGGGCUAACCCACCGGCUGGUUGUGAAGGGGGCCAGUUCCUCAGAUAUGGGCCUCUACUCGCUGAACACUGGGCUCCAUGCCUCCAGUGCCUGGCUGGUGGUCGAAGGUGGGAAGGAUAAAGGCCCUCAGACCACAGAUACUGACUACCGGCUGCAGACUCCAGAAGCUCUGGCCUCCGAAGCAGAAGACUCUGGAGGCAUCAGCAUCAAGGGAGGGCAAUCCAGAGAGCAGGGUUCCCUCAAGGAGACUAGUGGGGCACAGCUCAGGGCAGGCCUAGGCAGGGGUGCCUUUGGCAAACAUGGCUGUUCCUUGGUGAUGGAUGAAGACAGAGCUAAUUCCACUUGGGGAUCUGGGCAGGACAAAAAGGGCUCUCUGGAAGCAGAGCAAAGCAGGGUCACUCUUCCAGGGGACAGUCAGCCACACAGAGAGGGGGACUGGAGUGAAAACCUUCCCAGAAGGCUGCAUCCCCAGGGAGGGGACACGGAAUCCGAUUUGGGCUUCUUGGAGAGAGAUCGAGGGCAUGGCAGAGACAAUGAGAAUAGCAGAUGGGAGACAGCAGGAGGAUGGAGGCCUAGCUCCAGCCACCCUCAGGACGGAAGGCUUGAGAGCUGGGGAGAAGGAAAACAACACAGAGAGGGCCAUGGCAGUGAACUGGACAGACAUGGCCAGGGACAACUCGGUGACCCCCAGCUGGGAGCUGGGGCAGGGCAAAGGGUGCUGUGGGGGUCCCAGUCAGAUGCUCAGGGGUUUCAGCUAAAAAAGGAGAGGACAGAAAUGCAAGGUGAUUGUCUGGACGCAAUGGGAGGAAGGGGUGACCCGAGACGGGAGACGGGAGCAGCGAUGGGAUGGAAUAACGGAGCCCGCCUCGGGGAAGCUCGAGGAAGCAACAGGGCAGGAAGUCCUUGUGGCCCAGAGUUCCCUAGAGGAGGAGCUCACAGCUCCAAGGCAGGCAUGGGCCCUGAGUACUGGGGUGCUCAGGCAAGUGAAGAUGCUGGCCAUGGAGAAGCUGGGGUGUCCUGGGUAGCAGGGCAAUAUCCAGGACAGACAUCUGCUGGCAAUGACACCCAGAAAUCAUCACAGUCUGGAGACAGGAAGCUUCUGGGGUGCACGGGUCCUGAGGCCAAAGCUGAGGGCUCUUUCCAGGGUGCAGGUGGUCAUGGUAUUGUAGGGAGGGGCUACAAAACUGGCCCUGAAGGACCAGAAGAUCUCAGAAAUUGGAAAGGUGACCUACAAGAGCUCCAGGGAAGGGAUGGUCAAGGCUCAGCUGGAGCCUUGGGCAGGACGGAGGAAAGUUCCAGAGGCCUCCAGUUUCCUCAGGGCUGGACAGUGGGACAGAGGGAAGUAGGGACGCCAAGUAGUACAGAGUAUGAAAACAUGGGUCCUCAGGAUGAUUCAGGGUCCAGUCUUAGAAAGAUAGGGGGCUACUGUGGGUCUGGAGUGCUGGUGUCUGGUGGGAAGGAAGGGUGCAUGGACGGCUCCCAAGUAGCUGCCCAGAUGAUGCCUCGUCAGAGGGUAGAUGCCAGAAACCACAGGCUACUUACAUCCAAAGGCCUGGGCGUCCAGGACUCUGGGGGAACACUGGGACACAUGGAAGGAUUAAGACACCCAGAGGCAGUCAGGUCCAAGGAAGACUUCUGGAAUGGGUCAGGGAGGUCCCGAGAAAAAGGGUCCAGAGGUGGGAUGGACUGUAAGGAUGGCUUCCGAGGUCCAGGGUGGGCAGAGCCUGGGAACGAGGAGGGCUGGGAGUAUUCCAAAGGGUUGGCUUCUAGGAAUGGAGCUACGUAUCAGGAUGGCUCCGGGAUGCCAGAAGGGACAGGAUCUGGCCUUGAUAUUGGUUGCAGAACCACCUGUGGGGCACCUGCAGAGACAGAGUCUGGGAAGAGGGAUACUUACAGUCAUGGUUCGGGGGUGCCUGGGGGAUUGUGGUCUGGAAGCGAAGGUCAGUAUGGUCCUGCAGGAAAGGUGCCUGCAAGAGAGGCCAGCCUCAGAAAUGGCGAGGGAGGCCUUCGAGGAAUGCCCAUUAGUGAAGCUCAGCGUAGGGAUGUAUUUCAAGGCCAUGGUCAAACAGGCCACGGUGGGAAGCACCACUGUGUACGUGGCUUAGGGAAUUCUGAGUCAGUGGGAUCUGUGGGUGGAGAUGGUAUAAAAGACUCUGGAGCCAUGGGCAAUGUUGGAGAGGGAUAUACGGAAGCAGAACCAGGGGACACUGGAGGAUUAAGUUCUUGGGGUCACACUGAAGAUUAUGAGAACUUCAGAGUCCUGGGGGCCUUUAGAGAAGGAGACUUUGGCAAUAGCACUGGGGUUCCGCUAUCCAUGGAACCAGGGUCUCUGGGGAGAAGGAACAAGGAAGGUGAUGGUGAACGGAUCAGUUUUCUUGGUGCCAGGACCUCUGCAGUUGGAACUGGGAAUUGGGACAAAGCCAGGCACCCCAGGGCACCAUCUCCCUAUGCUGAGGCUGGUUCAGAGGGCCACUGGGCUCAAGUGUCUGGCAAUGCAUUAGGUUAUAGAGAUGGCUCAGGAAUUCCAGAGCCUUGGGGAGCUGGCGAUAGAACAACUUAUGGAGAAGAAUCAAAGGGUCUUGGGCCUGAAAGAACAGGGCCAGAUGGUGCGGUGGUAUUUAGAGAUGGCUCAUCAGGCCUCAGAGGAAUGGGACCAGCAAGUGAGGCAAGUUAUAAAAAUGGAACUUGGGGCUCUGGGGCCGUGGGUUCGGGGUGUAAACCAGACUAUAGGAAUGAUCUUGGGUGCUCUGGAAUUAUGGGGUCAGAGAGUGAGGCAAGUUAUAAGAGCAACAUCGAGAGCCACAGGGCCGGGAAAUUAGGGGGUCCGACAGGUUGUAAGAACGGUUUUGGAGCUUCUGAACUUACUUCAUUAAGGGAUGGGGCAGGUGGCUUACAUCAUUCUGGAGACGUUUUGCCAUGGAAUGAGUCAGGUUUAAAGGAUGGCUUGGGGGAAAUAGGAAGAAUGGAAUCCAAGAAUGGGGCUGGUUUCAGGGGAAGCUCAGUGGGGCUCGGGGAAAUGGGAUCAGAAAGUAAAAGGCACCUUGCAGAUGGUUCAGGGAGGUUAGGAGGACCAGGGUCACUGGCUGUACCCAAAGAACAUGAAUCCUUGGGUCUCGGGUCAGUUUAUCAGGGAGCAGCAGAGGGUGGUGGAGAGAAAGGCAAAGGGGUGGGGCUUGCAGAUCCAACAGGGCCUGAGGUGGGCUCUGGGGUGAUUGGAAUGCUGGAUACUACAGGUGGCGUAGCACACAGGGACAGUGCUAUGGGCCCUGUGAAGCUGGGGACACCAGAAAGGCCAUAUAUCUUUCCAGGUGGGCAGGGUACCAAGAACAGUGUCAGGGACUGUGGAUCCUCUGGAAUCCAUGAAGCCUUGGGGGCUGUUGGUUCUGUGGGGAAACCAGGUAUCAGAGAAUGGAAAGAUGAUUCUGGGUUCCAAGGGUCUCUUAGGGACAGAGGGACUUCCAGUGGGGAGGGCAGAUCUGUAGACCAAACAGGAGCUAUAGGGACAUCUAGGCUUCUUGAUAGGAGGGGGACAGAGGAGGAUGGGAGUAGGUCAGGGGUAGCUGCUCUGGAAUCAGGAAACGAUUUUGACUUUAAUAAAUCAGGCUUGGGAACAGCAGGAAGAUGUAGAGUUGCUGGCCAGCAGGGAGUGACACCUCAGGGAUGUGGAGGCUCAUUGCCGAAUGACAGGAGGAGAGGAACAAGUUCUGGAAGCUUGCCAGGGGUAGGGGAGGCAAUAGACAGAAGUUCUACACCUGGGGAAGAGACCAAGGUAAUGUCAGGACCUGACAGUGGGCAAGACACAAGCCACGUUGAGGCUCCAGGCUGGGAAGACCGGGUUCAAGGAGGCAUCAGGACUUCUAGCACACUGCAGGAGAAUGGUGUCAUUUUCAGGCAAACCCAUGAGGGACAAGGAGCCUUCAAGGGCAAGGGAUGUGAAGCUGGCCAAGAGGCUGCUUGUGAAUGUCAAAGACCAAGCGCCUUGGAGAGCAGAGGCUCAGAGUUUAUAGGUGGCAGAGCUGGUUUCACAAAGAGCUCAAGUGUCCCAGGCAGAAGGGAUGCCACUGUCUAUGGAGAUGGUGCUGCUUCCAAGCCUCAGGAACCCCAAAAUGAAUUAUAUAGUCCAUCAGGCAGAAGGGACUUCAAAAGAGUUUCAGGAGGAACCCAGGAGCCAGAUCUUCAACUAGGAACAGGACAGGGAGAAGGGAAAAGAUCCCUCCAGGAGUCAGGGUCUUGGAAGGCCGAGAUUGACAAGGUCCAAGGAUCCAGGACCUCAAUGAAGUCUGGCAGUCAGGAAGGGAAAGACUCUGGCUGGUCAGGCAGGAAGCCUGGCCUCUGUGGAAGCGGGCAUCAGGUGCAGGCUGGGACUGAAGUUGGAUCAGCAAAGAGAGGGAGCGCAGAGGAGGCCGGAGGUCUGGGGCCUUGGACUGGCAAUGAGGAUAGAGGGUCUCUGAGAGAACCUUGGAGUGAAGACAGGAGGCGAGGCCCCCACACGCAUCUUGGCAGCAGGAGAGAUACCCAAGAGGGCAGGUCAGAUGUCUAUGGCCAGGCACAAGAUGCUACCCAGAGCCCCAGAUCCAGAUACAAGCCUGGCCCUGGCUGCUCUUCUUCGGAGGCCCGAGGCUCCAUGGACCACUUCUCUCAGGGUCUGACUGAUACAGAGGUACAACUGGGGGAAGCUGCCAUACUCUCCUGUACCCUUUCCAGUGACCUGGGACCUGGCACCUGGUUCAAGGAUGGCGUCAAGCUCACUGCCCAAGAUGGGGUCAUCUUUGAACAAGAUGGGCUCACGCACAGACUGAUCCUCACCCACGUGGAGGGGACCCAAGCUGGGAGAUACACUUUUGUAGCCGGCCGCCAGCACAGUGAGGCCAGUCUGACCGUGCAGGAUCCUCCCACCAUUGCUCCAGAUGUGACCGAGAAACUGAGAGAGCCACUGGUGUUCAAGGCUGGGAAGCCGGUCACUGUGAAAAUACCUUUCCAGAGCCGCCUCCCUGUCCAGGCUGCCUGGAGGAAAGAUGGGAAGGAAGUGGCGGGCAGCAACCACAAGGGCAUCCAACUGACUCUGGGAGAUGGCUACACCCGGCUGUGCCUCCCCAGUGUGUGCAGGAAGGACAGUGGCCGGUACAGCGUGAGGCUGAAGAGUGAGGGAGGCUGUGUGGAGGCUGAGUUCACCCUGCAAGUUAUAGAUAAGCCUCGGCCCCCACAAGGACCCCUGGAGGUUCAGGCUUGCCACAGAGCAGGUGUCUGCCUCCGCUGGUUACCCCCGAGGGACGAUGGGGGACAGGUCAUACAACACUAUGUGGUGGAGAGGCGACAGGCUGGAAGGAGCACUUGGCUGACGGUGGGAGAGCCCCCACCAGACAGUACCAGCUUCACGGAUGUCAGCGUGGAGCAGGGCAGGAAGUAUGCCUUCCGUGUGCGGGCCGUGACCUCAGAGGGAGCUGGGGAUGCCCUGGAGUCUGAGGAAGUGCUGAUGGCUCCUGAGGCUCUCCCGGGGCCCCCUUCUGCUCCAGCCAUCCUGUCAGCCUCCAGCCAGAGCAUCACUCUCACGUGGGGAGCACCACAGGGCCCUGGCAGUACCCACAUCUUGGGCUACCUGGUUGAGAAGCGCAAGAAGGGGAGCAGCACCUGGAUGGCUGUGAAUGAGCAGCCCGUGUCUGGAACAGAGAAGACUGAAGAGCUUGAAGGAGUCGAGACCACAAGGUACAGCAAUGUCAACCAAACAGAGCCUGACCAAGCCACACCCAAAAAGACCAUGGAGAUGGACUGA